AAGUGAGCAACUGGAUUUCCAAAUGAUUGUUCCAAUUGUCAAACCAAACUUUUGUAUUCAACUUUGUAACUUUUAACCUCAUCAUCAUUCGCUUAGAAAAUACCGAAAAGUCGCCAGGACCAAGCACAUUCCCAUUCAAAUUUCGACUCCGACUCCGAUUCCAAAUUAGAUCGUUUCGGCCGACGCGAUACUAGUAACUCAGCAUGCCGAUUUGUAGCCGUCGUCUUCCUUGACGGAGCGUCGCAUAGCCUUUCGCUUUGUCAACCAAAAUCCGAUUCACCUGCUCAAGCCGACAGUUGACAAAACGAUGGAAACUGCCUGCAAUAUCCUUUUUUGAGAAAGGUACCAUUGGUUUGCCGCUAUAAUCCCUCUGCCAUCAUCCAUUCGACCGACCUUUCUUUGUUACCUCGCCCUCCCUCACAUCAACCUUAGGAAUAUCAACUUUUGCGCCCCUCUACCUAAAUUAACAUCUUCAUUUAUCGUCACCAUGGAUCUGGCCCAGAACUUGGUGCGCACUGUCGCGCGCGCCUUCUACACCGGCCCUGACGAGAGAAGGUUGAUUCUCAUUGUCGAUGCUCUCGUCCUUCACACGACCGUGAAGGAUAGUGACUUAUCUUACCUCAUGGCAUUAAACCCGAAGGAUCUAAACAAGUCCUACAGCAGACUUAGAGAAGAUCACUUCUUGCGUUCCCACUCUCGUCCAGAGCUGGUAGCGGGCAAAGAGAAGCCUGUCACCCGCACUUACUACUACAUCGAUUAUCGACAGGCCAUCGACGCCAUCAAGUACAGAACCUUCUUACUCGACAAAAAGGUCCAAGGAGAUGCUGUACCUCAAGCAGAGAAGAAGGUCUACUUCUGUAAGCGUUGUGGAUCGGAAUGGACUCAGAUGGAGGUCCUCGACAACAUGGAUCCUAUACGAGGUUUCAUGUGCCAUAAAUGCGGUAGUAUUCUGGAUUUCGACCCCGAGCGACAAGCGGGUGGCCACGAAUUGUCCACUCGACUAAACAAUCAGCUCAAGUUCAUCCUAGACGUGCUACCGAAGCUUGAUCAGGUCACUAUUCCCGAGUUCGACUUCGACACCGCUCGCGCCGCAUCUCUUCCCGUUAUACGUCCAAAAGGUAAUGAGGCUGCCGAAUCUAUCGCCCUCCCGAAUGCCAAGCCUACUUCCGUUAAGGGUAUGGCAAAUACCGGCCCUCAGAAGAUCGAGGUCGACAUUACCGACAUGGACGGGCCUACCGAAGCUGAGAAGGAGGCUGCGCGCACUCAGAAAGAGAAGCUUGCUCUGCAGAAUGCCCUGCCUUCCUGGCAUACUACUAGCACCGUUAGCGGAAUAUCAUAUUCCGGAAGUUCCAACUCCGCCAAGGCAGCCAAGAUCGACGAUGUCGACACCAAGAAGCCCGAAGCCUCCAUUAAUGACGCUGCUCACGAACAAGAAAUGGACGAGCUAUACAAGUCCCUGCAGAGGUCCCAGGAGGAGGCUGCCCGACGUGCGGCAGAGGAAGAAGACGACGAGGACGACGAGGAUGCCGAGAGCGGAGGCGAGGAGUUUGUGGACAUCUCUGCGAAUGUCAGCUCCAUAGGCGAGAAGCGAGCUGCGUCGAGCGGUCCCACUAGUACUGCGGAUACUCCCGCUUCUGACAGGCCGGCCAAGAAGGCGAGAAUCGAGGAGCCGGCCAACGGUGGCGACAGUGAGGAUGACGAUGAUAUGCAGUUUGAGGAUGUUUAAGCAUGGGCGACGGUGAUACGUCUAUGUCCAUACGUACGAGGUCAAGCGGGGUCGGGGAAGGGACUGAAAGGGGAGUGCGGUCUUUCGUAAUCGCGAUACCCUUAUUAUACAGGAGGUGUGUGUAGCAUAGCAUUGCAUGGGUCUUUUCUCAGGUAGACCUGGACGGGCGGGCGUCCAAAAAAAAAGGGUUAGCAACAAUCGCAUUGCAAAUUAAAGUCUAA